AUGCGAGCAGUCCUCCCUGGCAAGCCCCAGGCAAAGCUUCAAGCUCUCUCCACAGCACAAUGGAAUGGACAAUGCUUGGUGGCCUACAUUUCAGGCAACGGCUUCAUUGUUCUCAGUGGGCCCAGCAGCCUCUUACAGACUACAUACCUUGAUCAAUGUGAUGCUCUCGAUGCUCUCUCUAUAGACGAUCGGUCUGGCAAGAUCGCCGUUUGCAGUCGGGACGAGAUCUUCGUAUAUCGGCCAUAUGGACGAGAGGAAGGAUUUCUGAAGUGGUCUCUCCAACUUUCACUGUCAGUCUUCACAGAGUACAGUAACUCGCCAACGCUCUCAUGGGGAUCAGAAGAGGAGCUACUCGCUGGAUCUACUUUUCUGAGACUGUACCGUACAGCCAAGAACGGACGUAAAGUAUGGGAUCGCAAGCUCGCAAAGCCUGUGAAGAUUGCAACUUUUUCCCCUGAUGCUAGCCUUGUUGCCUCUACUGGAUGGCAUGAUCGUCUUGUCAAAGUAUGGCGCAGACAGUCUUUUGAUUCAGACGACACUCGCUUUGAGUUCACCUACCUAUCUCAUCCCUCACCUAUAACUCAAAUAUCGUGGCGGAAGCCCCCACCGCACGAGCACCAUCACAACGAGCAGAGUGUAGACAAUGUUUUGCUGUCCGUAUGCACAGACGGCCGGAUUAGGAUAUGGGCGGCCACGGACCCACACGGUCUCCAAGGCCUACAACUUUGGGCAGAGAUCGAUAUGCAGCAAUCGAUACAAUCCCGUCGACUUGGGAUCACCUCAGAUAUCCAAGAAAGAUUCGCCUUCUUCAUCAACAGCCAUGACUUCCGCCAUUGUGCCAGCGAUAUCCUGAAUGUAAGUGGUAAUAGUGUUGAUGCUGAUCAUGCGGUGGAGCACUUAGCUGAGAUCAGUAAGAGGAAGCCUGACGUUUGUGUUGUCCUCGACUGGCAUGGUAACAUGUCUGCCUGGGGGCUUGAAAGCAUUGGCUGCAAGACGAGGAAAGGCACUGAGAUUUUCAAUAUUGCACACAUGGAAGAUUUCCCGCUCUUCCCUGUUGAAAUUCGAAAUCACAAGUCUAAUGUGACUUUCGUCAACUUUUCUGACCACACUGCUCCAUCGAAGUUUUCUCUGCUCACCCACUUCUUUGAUGGACACAUAAUGUGGCACCAGUCAACAUUCAAUGAAAUGUUUGAUUCAUCACCACGCUCAACUCGUUCGAGUAUCAAGGCUCUCUGGGCUGGACACUGUAGCCCUAUAGAACAUAUGGUACAUGGCGUCAAUGGUCAUAAUCUACUGACCGUUAGUGAUGACAAAGAAGCUAUCUUUUGGACGGAACGAGCAGCUAAUAACUCAUAUUCGUUGAUUCCGGAAAGCUCGUUGGAUUCAUCACAGAAUAUUAUGCACAGCUGUCUGCUAAAUGACAAUAGUCAUAUUGUCAAUCUCUAUUCGGAUAGAUUGGCUCUCUUAGAUACAAGCAAACCCUUUGCCGAAGAGAUUACGUCUUGCCCAUCUAGACCCGAUGCUGAUCUCUCGUGCCUUCUGCAACUGGGUUCGCUAAUUGGGAACGCUCGCGUACACUAUAUCGCCGGAAUCACCGUGGAUCUGACGGGCUUGGUUUGGAGGAUAAGUUUGUUAGAGCAUAGCACCGAUAUCUCAGCAAAUGGAGCCUCUAACAUUUGUGCAAUCACCCAAGUUUGCAAAUUUGACCUUGGUAUUGGGGAGACGGUAGAGCAUAUCAUACCUAUCGAUCGUGGUGACUCUUCUUCGAGGGCAAGCUCAAUUGAGGAUUUAUCCAUAAAUGUUCUUUUAUCAUGUACCAAGAGAGGCAUACUCAGGACAUGGACUGCUGCUAUCGAACCUCAAAGUGCCAUAGUCAAAUGGCACCAGUCCUCGGUACUAUUUUCAGAGAUAACAGCUCCAUCUCUAGUUGCUGCCAGCUCUAAUCUUAAAGUAGCUCUCGUCGGUGCUACAAGGCGUCAAUUAUUCAUAUGGGACAUGCGAAGUUCAUAUCUUGAAUAUGUGUUUGAAUGUGAUCCCCUGCAAACAAUUACAGACUUGAGGUGGUCUUUGACAAGGAGCAGCACGGUCCUCGCCGUUAGCCUUGCUCAAAGUAUCAUCAUUGUGGCCCAACAAAGAUUCGAUUACAGUGAGGAUAUCUUAGCUUGGGUCCCGAUUCACAAAGUCAGCUUGAAAGAGCUUUCAUCAAACCCAAUUUCGCACAUCACUUGGUUACAAGCCCAGAAGCUCGUAAUUGCAGCUGGACGCCAGCUAUUCGUCCAUGACACGAGGAAUCAGCAAGAUGAAAUUGAUUCUAAUUCGAUGGGCGGAUCGCAAAGCUGGAAUACCUCAUUACCCGUGUACCACCCAGCAGUCCUAGAUCAACUGUUCUUAGCCGGUCGAUUCCCCGAGGUCAACGGAGUGAUAUUUACUCUUUACGAAAUGCUCAAAUAUUUCACACCCGGCGACCAGAUGGAUCCCUUCCUGGCUUUGCCCCUUGAAAACUUCUUCACAGAGUUGGCACGAGAACAGAGCUUCCUUAAGUCAUGGAAUGACGCAGACGAUGAAGCAGGUGCCAUCAAUGAAGACCGCGCAAUGUCCCUGAGAGAAACACUCUCGAGCUUGAAUCUGCCGCAGUUGUCAAGCAAUCAUCAGUCCGAUUUAGUGCAUGUGAUCAAGAGCCUUGCUUUGGCUAGAAGACAUAGCCGUUCACUAGACAUUUGUGGAUUGAAAUAUUACACGAUAUUCACUCUUUACCUGUUUCGCAAGGUUACAAGGAGCAUGAGAAGUACGGAGAUGUUGUGGAGAGAGUAUGCUUGGGCUUCGCAUAGCAACAGUCAUGACAUACUCAUCGAUCUUGUUUCGCGAGGAUAUCAAGGCAGUUUGACUUGGGGACGUGCUAAAGAAUCCGGCAUGUUUCUGUGGCUGAGUGAUCGCAGUGCUCUCGAAGCCCAAUUGGAAGUAGUGGCUCGCAAUGAGUACACCAAGACCGACGAAAAGAAUCCAAUCAACUGUAGUCUGUACUACUUUGCAUUAAGAAAGAAGAGCGUCUUGCUAGGACUUUGGAGGAUUGCACAUGGAAACCGAGAGCAAGCAGGUACACAAAAAUUGCUAAAGAAUAAUUUCUCGGAAGAUAGGUGGAAGUCAGCUGCUUUGAAGAAUGCCUAUGCUUUGCUUGGAAAACGGAGAUUUGAGUAUGCAGCUGCGUGGUUCUUAUUGGCAGACAGACUCAAAGACACCGUCAACAUCUGCGUCAAUCAAAUAGGAGAUAUACAACUUGCCAUUGCAAUCGCAAGGGUCUACGCGGGGGACGACAGCUCUGUCUUCCGCAGCCUUGUAAAAGAUCACAUCUUACCAGAGGCCGCAAUGAAUGGUAAUCGCUGGCAGGCUCACUGGGCCUUUUGGAUUCUAAGAAAGCCUGAUCUAGCUAUCAGGGCUCUGCUAGAGCCCUUGGAAGCCCUAGUGUUUCUCAACCAGUCGUCCAAAGUACAAGCGAAGUCAUAUAUAAACAACGAGCCAGCACGACUUGUUCUGUACAGGCAAUUGCGGGAUCAAAGGCUGCAGGCUCGCAAACCGUUGCCCAUCCCCCGUCAAAAGGAGUGGACAUUCGUGCUCCAGACUGCGCUUCAAUACUGUCGAAUGGGGUGUGAUAUUCUUGCACUAGAUUUGGUACGCAAUUGGAAAUUUGUCGAGCAGCACACAGGCGUACUUACCGACAUGGAUCAUGCAUCUAAGGCAGAUAAAGAGGCUAGACGGAAAAGCAGAAGAAAGAGUAGCCUCGUUCCUAAGACGCCGAAGUCAUCUGUUGAAGAGAAGCCCAAGCCAACUAUGUUCAAGGAGCCGGAAGGAAGCAGCCUACUUGAUAACUUUGGAUUCUAG